GAGAGGAAGGAUAGAGACGAACAUGAUGAGGACCGCGGCAGCAGCAGCAGCAGCAGCAGCAGCAAUGCACACAUCGACACUGGGAUGGGAAACGGCAGACGAGAGGACAACGCUGAGGAAGACCGAGCCAUGAAAGGAAAGACUCAAGAGUCAAGCUGCGUCGCGCCAACAUGGAGGCGUAGCGACAGUAGCAUGCAUGAUUAGAUAGAGGAGAUCAUUUCAUUGUAGCCUAGCAGCACCAGCAUCAUCAUCAUCACCAUCAGCCAGUCCAACCUGAGCGGAGAGGAGGGGAGAGGAGGGGAGAUGGGCUCACAGGUUGUGCAAACCCUCCGUCAGGGGGUCUGGGCAUCCCUGACCGGGGGCUGGUACCACGACCCGGACCAGAAUAAAUUCAACAACUCAUGUCACCUCUAUCUGUGGAUAUUUCUCCUGAUGUUGCCCUUGUCUCUCCAUCUGGCUUUGCCUCCCACUACAAUGGCUCUGAGCAUCUACUGCUCCUCCAUCACUGUUUUCUUCGUCCUUAUCAAGCUCGCCAACUAUCGGCUGCACUUGAUGUUCGACGAGGGCGAGGCAGUGGUCCGCAGCAGCCUUUCUGACCUCAGCAAAGCUCAGGAGAAGAAAAGCAAUGCCUCAGAUUCUUGCCUGCCCCCCAGCAUCAGGAAGAGCAGCACAGUCCCUGACAGUGUUGCCAUGACUACGUUGGCUCGGAAGCGUCCCAGUUCAGUGAUCCAGGUGACGGUGAAACAGACUGAAACUGACCCGGGACUGAUUGGGGUGGACUGCUCAAAGUCAGAUGAGGUGAAGACCGUGGAAGAGAAAGACAGAACUGCUGCAGAGGAGAGGCCUGUGGAGGGAGGCUUGCAGCCAAGCCCAGAGCCAUCUCCUGAUGAUCUCUCUAGCCCCAAUCCCGAUCAGGCUGCCCCCCUGCUGCAGGCCCAGCAGAGGCCCCCAUCCCAAGCUGAAAAAGAGGAGCUCCAGUCUGAAUCUGCGGGUGGGAUAGAGAAAACUGAUACAGAAACAAUUGAAACUGAACCUGUGAAAGAAGGGAUAGACAUUAAGGGAUCUUUGACAGGGAUUAACAAAGAGCAGUCGGAGCAGGAAAGGACAGCAGAGAAAGAGUCAGAGCAAGACAGAAUAGAGGAAAAAGACUCUGAGGAUAAGGAGACUGCAGACAGAGAAUUAGCCGAUGAAGGUUUCCCUUCUUCCAAGGGAAGUGAAGAUGAGAGUGAGGAGGAGAGUGAGGAGGAGAGUGAGGGGCAUAAACAGGCCUCAGAUGCCAACAACAACUCACUGGAGACUCCCCAUGAGGACCAGGAGCAUGUCAUUGAAAUCCCAGAACCUCCUACACAGGCUAUGGAGGAGACAUACUGUUCUGAUGAGAUUGAAGUGGUUCUGGUAGACAACUCUGGCCCCGGACCUGUGCCAGCUCACUUGGACGACAGCGACACUGUCAAGAUCAUCAUCACUAUGAGCUGUGAUCCUCAGACUGCUGCUCAGUUGGAAGAGAGCGUCAAGCAGAGCCUUUUGGAGAAUGCACAGGCUCAGAAGGAUGCAGGAGAAAGUCACAUCAAAAUCCCCGUCAUCACCUUCGACUCCCCCGAGGAGGAGAAGCAGGACUCGGAAGAGGGAGAGGAAGUGAUCUGCUCAGAGGACGACCUCACCCCGAAACAGCACAUGACUACAAGCCAAAGUGAAGAGUUCCACUUAUGCAGAGAAACCACCAGCUCUGAGUCCACCAUGCUCGAGUGCGCAGAUCCAGAGCAGAAACGUCUUAGUCUGCAAAUCACCGCUGACAGCACACCUAGUCCACAGCUGACAAAUGAUAACAGCUCGUCGGGUAUCGACGUCCACUCCCACCCAGAUGACACGGACCCUCUGGAAGCAAACGUGGACUCACAAGGCUUCCUGCGCCUGCCCCAAACUCUGGGUCGCUACGGACCUGGUGGGAGGACUCACAUCCGAGGGCUGAGCAUGGACAGCGGGAAAGAUGCAGUUCUGCUUUCAGGCCGCUCACACAACACGGCUACCAUGACCAGUUCCAAAUCAGACCUGGAGGCAAAGGAGGGCCAGAUUCCCAAUGAAUCAAACUUCUUGGAGUUUGUUUCCUUGUUGGGAUCCCUGAGUACCAGAGGGGGAGGUGGCAGUACACAAGAAGAGGAGAAGCCAGAGCACAAAGAGGAAGUUGAAGCUACAGACGAAGCACAUGUUUACAGCACUUAUAUAAUCUAUUAUCCACAGACAGACAGAGAAAAGGAUCCGGAUUACGAUUCCCUUCCUUCGCAAACGUCUCAAUCUGAGAGCUCCAUGCUGCAGGUCAUCUGCAGACCAGAGGCUACCAACAAAGAAGAGGCCUACACCUUUCAUACUGUACACCGAGACAGGCCUCGUAAGCUGUAUGCAGAGAGAGCUCUCAAUCUGCCGCUAGGAGCAGAGCUCAUUACCGGCAACAUGUGUGACCUGCUGUCGACUUCCUCCAACUCAGAGUGUCAGGACGGCCUUGCGGGCGGUCACAGUGACUGCCCUUUCCAGCGACGCAUCAUCCCUGCACACAGGCUUCGGCCACGAAGAACGCACCCCGAGAUCUUCCAGGAAGAGGAUUCUUUGGAUGACUCAUCAGAGACGUCCACUCAGGAGAAGCCGGCCAGGAAAAUUUAUUACAAACUCAAACUGUUUCCUGGGAAGUGGAUCAACAUUUUAUAUGACCGACUCACACUGCUCGCCCUUUUGGACAGAAACCAGGAUGUUCUGGAGAAUCUAGUUGCAGUCUUCAUGGCCUUCCUGGUUUCCUUUCUGGGUUUUGUGCUUCUCAACCAUGGGUGCUUCAAAGACUUCUGGAUCUUCCAGUUCUGUCUGGUCAUUGCCAGCUGCCACUAUUCAUUACUGAAGAGUGUUCAACCAGAUGCAGCUUCACCAACCCAUGGUCACAACCAACUGGUGGCCUACAGCCGAGCGGCCUACUUCUGCAUUUUCUGUGCUCUGAUCUGGGUGCUGGAGCAGCUGCUGAGGAGGAAGGAUCUGCCGGUCUCCAGCCUUUAUGGAGUCACCAUCGUCUGCUAUGAUGUUCUGCGCUUCUUACGAGACCUCCUAGUGGGUUUUACCUACUGCUUCCCAAUCACCUUCCUGGUGGGCCUUUUCCCUCAGAUCAACACCUUUACCAUCUACCUGCUGGAGCAGAUUGACAUGCACUUUUUUGGAGGAACAGCUGCCACCAGUCUCAUCUCUGCAGUAUACAGCAUCUUGCGUAGUCUGGUUGCUCUGUCUCUGCUUUACGGUUUCUGCUUCGGCGCUCUCAAGGAACCAUGGGAUGAGCAGCACACCCCAGCCCUGUUCUCUGGUUUUUGUGGCCUUUUAGUGGUGCUUUCCUAUCACCUCAGCCGACAAAGCAGUGACCCUUCUGUACUUCUAUCUCUAAUCAAGUCAAAGAUAAUGCCUGCGCUUGUGGAGAGUGACGAAGAGGAAGAGGAUGAUACAAACAUCAAAGAUCCUCUACCUGAGAAACUGCAGAAUUCCAUGAAAGAAAUUCUGCUGUCGGACAUCAUUGUGUGCUCCGUUGCCUACAUCCUAACCUUCGCCAUCACCGCGAGUACCGUGUUUCUGUCUCUCAAGCCCUUUGUGACCAUAGUGCUGUAUGCUCUGGCGGGGACUGUGGGGUUUGUAACCCACUACCUGAUCCCCCAGCUCAGGAAGCAUCACCCUUGGUUGUGGAUCUCCCACCCAGUCCUCAAGACCAAGGAGUACUACCAGUUUGAACCCAGAGAGGACGCGGUGCUUAUGUGGUUUGAGCGCCUGUACGUGGGACUGCUGUGCUUUGAGAAAUACGUGGUGUACCCCGCCAUUGUGCUGAGCGCGCUCACUAAUGAUGGCUUUGCUCUCAGUCACCGCAAGAAGCUGGGAAUCCACUGUGAUGUUCUCCUGACGACAGUCGCUGGACUGAAACUCCUGCGCUCAUCCUUCUGCAACCCCAGCUUCCAGUUCCUCACUCUGCUCUUUACACUCAUUUUCUUUCACUUCGACUGUCCACGUGCCUCUGAGAGCUUCCUGCUGGACUUCUUCAUCAUGUCCAUUGUGUUCCACAAGAUGCGUGAGCUGCUGCUGAAACUCCAUUUCAUCCUGGUUUACAUCGCUCCCUGGCAGAUCGCCUGGGGCAGCGCUUUUCAUGCCUUUGCUCAGCCAUUUGCUGUGCCUCACUCAGCCAUGCUGCUGCUCCAGACUCUGCUCACCACAGUUUUCUACACUCCACUCGCCCCCUUCCUGGGCAGUGCCAUCUUCAUUUCCUCUUAUCCGAGGCCCAUUAAGUUCUGGGAGAGAAACUACAACACAAAACGUAUUGAUAACUCCAACAGCAGGCUGGUGUCCCAGGUGGACAAGGAGACAGGUUGCGACGAUAACAACCUAAACUCCAUCUUUUAUGAGUACCUGACUCGAUCGCUGCAGCAUUCGCUUUGUGGUGACCUCAUGCUGGGCCGAUGGGGCAACUAUAGCGCUGGGGACUGUUUCAUCCUGGCUUCUGACUACCUCAACGCCCUGGUCCACCUCAUAGAGAUUGGCAAUGGUUUGGUCACCUUCCAACUGAGGGGUUUAGAGUUCAGAGGGACGUACUGUCAGCAGCGCGAGGUGGAGGCCAUCACAGAGGGCGUGGAGGAAGAUGACGCAUGCUGCUGCUGUGAGCCGGGCCACUUGCCUCACAUGCUGUCAUGCAACGCUGCUUUCAACCUGCGCUGGCUGGCUUGGGAAGUGAUGGCCACCAAGUACCUGCUGGAGGGUUACAGCAUCAGUGAGAACAAUGCUGCCACCAUGCUGCAAGUGUACGAUCUUCGAAAGCUGCUCAUCACCUACUACCUGAAGAGUAUCAUCUACUACUUGGUCCACUCUCCCAAACUGUCUACAUGGCUCAAGGAUGCCACCAUUCAGGAGGCGCUGCAGUCCUACACCAAGUGGCACCACAUUGAGCGCGACCCUCAGGUCUUUAGCGUGAAGAUCGAUGAGGACUAUGUGCAUUGCCUGCAGGGGGUGACGCGCGCCAGCUUCUGCAACGUUUACCUGGAGUGGAUCCAGCACUGUGCUGGGAAAAUGGAGACGCCUGUGGACAGCGAUGAAGACUCUCCUCUGGUCACUCUGUCUUAUGCUCUCUCCGUCCUGGGGAGGAGAUCCCUUGGCACUGCGUCACACAACAUGUCCAACAGUCUUGAAUCAUUUCUGUACGGUUUCAACACCCUGUUUAAAGGCGACUUCCGCAUCGCCACUAAGGAUGAGUGGGUUUUCACUGAUCUCGACCUCCUCCAGAAGGUGGUGGCUCCUGCAGUCAGAAUGAGCCUCAAAUUGCAUCAGGAUCACUUUACCUGUCUGGAAGAGACCGAGGAGGCGUCUAUCCUGUACGAAGCCAUCACAAACUACCGCAGCAACCUCGUAAUCUGCCACGAGAGCGAUCCCGCUUGGCGUAAGGCUGUGCUGUCAAGCCGUGACACGCUGCUCACUCUGAGACACAUGAUUGAUGAUGGCACGGACGAGUACAAGAUCAUCAUGCUGUACAAACGCCACCUCAGCUUCAAGGUCAUCAAGAUCAAUAAGGAGUGUGUGCGAGGCCUCUGGGCAGGACAGCAGCAGGAGUUGAUAUUUUUAAGGAACCGAAACCCGGAGCGAGGCAGCAUCCAAAACUCAAAGCAAGCACUGAGGAACAUGGUCAACUCUUCUUGUGACCAGCCACUCGGCUACCCCAUGUACGUGUCACCUCUGACAACUUCAUACGCAGGAACACACGGUACGCUACGCGGCAUUGGAGGAGGGGCUUUAAGCCUGGAUGCCAUUCGUUCCUGGCUCUGCUCUAAAUGGCUGCGGGUGCGUAAGGACAACCUGACCAGCUGUAACAGCGGCAUGAAUAUGGAGGAUGUGGACUGCGGUGCCGGUGGGUCGUCAUCGUUGAGCCACAACCGCCCAUCCUCUGUCACAUCCAACAGCCUGAGCCAGCACAGAGCCAGGACGGCACACAGCCACAGACACCGCAACGCUGCCAGGAGAGAGUACCGCAGUCGAUCAGUGCAGCCCCAGAGUCAGCGCCCCCCUGUCAGCAGCCAGUCUGGCCCAAUCCUGGACUCGGGCUCCAACAACGGGAUUGUCCAGCGUCUGUCUAACAGUCAGCUGUCCUUUAACACCUCCAUAGCUUCUAUAUUCUCCCAGGUCCCUCGUCUCUCAGGAGCAGGUGGCAUCAGCGCGCAGCUUCAGGCAGCGCAGCAUCAGCAGCGCUCCAGUCAGGUCUCCUCAUCUUCAUCCACACUCAGCUUGCUGUUUGGGAAGCGUAGCUUCUCCAGCGGCCUGGUUAUCUCCGGGUUGUCCGCUGCUGAAGGGGGCAACACCACCGAUACACAGUCAUCCUCCAGUGUCAACAUCGCCAUCGGGCCCUCACAUAGGUCCAGCAGCAGAGCCACACAGUGGACAUCGGAGCCAUAUGAGAGUAUAGACGCGAGCAAUUCCAACGCUGCAGUCACGGUGAAAGACGACACACAGUUAAGCGAGCAGGGCUGCAGCCAGGGAUUAGACAAGACCCAGGAGGAUUCAGCAUCUGCCUCAACAGUUCCAGACCCAACUGAUCAAAAGACUGUCUGAGAGAGAAAACACAUCUGUGACAGUGCCCAUACUCAUGCCCACAUACAGACAGGACUGUAUGAAGAGUUAUACACACAUAAAUAAAGAAGAUUGUAUGAGAGAGCACCCAUGCACACAAACCUGCCUCCUCUGUCCUCAGCAUGUGGUCUCACCCUGUUGUCUGAAUGUAAAGUCUGAAAACACAGUCUUUGAUGCAGAGGAUAAAAAUAAAGACAUUUUUAAACGA